AUGAUUAUCGACGGCACCCGCCUGGUUGUGAGCGACAACAGCGGGGCCAAGGAGGUGGAGUGCAUCAAGCACAAGGGCCGGUACGCGGCCAUCGGCGACAUCAUCACCUGCGCAAUCAAGAAGGGCGUUCGCAACAGCAAAGUCAGCCCGGGUCAAGUCGUGAAGGCAGUGGUUGUGGAGACCAAGAAGGAGCUGCGCCGACCCGACGGCAGUACCAUCAAGUUUGACCGCAACGCGUGCGUCCUGGUCAACCCCAAGGGCAUCCCCAUCGGCACCCGCGUCUUGGGAUUCGUGACCCAUGAGCUGCGCGCCAAGCAGAUGCUCAAGAUCGUCAGCCUAGCAGCCCGCAUCUUCUGA